AUGGGUGUGAAGGCAUUGAAGUCUCAUAUGGAUUCAAAUAGCCACCAGACAAAGAUGCGCGGACCAAACUCGCAGCUACCGCUGUCACUGUUUUGCGCCGGGACUAGUGCUACACCGACCUCCACUGCCCCCUCAACCUCCAGCACCGUGACCACAUCUACCGCCGCCGGUACCUCAACCUCACCUGCUCCCAUCAACAGCAUUCCGAAUCAACUGCUCUCCACCACCGCGACACUGCAGGCCGAGGUACUGUGGUGUCUAGAUUUGGCUUCGAAACACCACUCCUUCAACUCCAAUGACGGCAUUGCAGAGCUAUUUGUCAAGAUGUUCCCCGACUCCCAAAUUGCCAAAUCCUUCGCUUUGGCCAAGGACAAGACCGGCUAUAUGAUAAAAUUUGGGAUCGCCCCAUAUUUCAAGAGGCAACUAGUCGAGGCCAUAAAUCGUGCCGGCCCUUACGUGCUGAUGUUUGACGAGAGUUUAAACCAAUCGUCCAAAAAAAAACAACUGGACAUUCACAUUCGGUUUUUGGAGGAUGGGUGCGUUCAGUCGCGAUAUUUUGGCUCACAAUUCCUGGGACAUGGAAGAGCUGAUGAUCUGUUGCUGCACAUCAAAGAAUGCAUUGGCCAACUCAACAUGAGGCAGCUCCUCUCAGUUGGGAUGGAUGGGCCCAAUGUAAAUUUUAAACUCCUUGAUCUCCUUCAAAGGGAGUACGCUGAGCUCAAUGGAGGUGCCCAAGUUCUGGUGGUUGGGAGCUGUGGACUCCACACUCUCCACAAUGCCAUGAAGGCCGGAUUUACAGUGUGGCAAAUCGAGAAGUUCCUGCGUGCACUCCAUUUCCUCUUUCAUAACGUGCCUGCCCGGAGAGAGGACUACACCAACACCACUGGAUCUACCUGCUUUCCCCUCUCUUUCUGUGGCCACAGAUGGGUCGAAAAUGUGCCAGUCGCUGAGAGAGCCCUCGAAGUUUGGCCGAUGGUUCAGGCAUAUGUCAGUGCUGCAGAAGAGAAGAAGGUUCAAAAACCGAACACGGCCUCGUACGACACCAUCCUGGCAGCAAGAGAGGAUCCACUGCUAGUACCAAAACUAAAGUUCUUCCUCUCCAUUGCAAGAGGUUUCAACCCUUUUCUUCACAAGUAUCAGACAGAUGAGCCCGUGUUGCCUUUUUUGGCUAAAGAUUUAACUGAGCUUCUGUUGAGUUUACUUCGGCGAUUCAUCAAAAGGGAGCUCCUACAGGACCAAACCCCCUUGCAACUCAUUAAGUUGGACAUCUCUGAUGAGAAGAACUGGGUCUCCCUCAGAAGGGUGGACAUAGGCUUGGGAGCGGAAUCAGCCAUCAAGGCACUCCAGGGCAAACCAGGAACCAAGAUAGGGGAACACUCUGUGCUCAGCCUGAGAAAAGAGUGUUUGCAGUGUCUGGUUCGGUUCAUAAAGAAGCUGCAGGAAAGGUCCCCGUUGAAAUUCCCCAUUGUUAGGCAGAUUGCCUCCCUGGAUCCCACAAAGAUGGCCAAAGAUCCUGAGUGGUGCAUCGUACAGAUGAAGGCAUUAGUGCAGACAUUCAUCCAAGGGCAGCAGUUGGCAGGUGGCAUUGCAGUUGGUAAGAGAAUAUUAUAUAGGGACAGAAGAAGUCAAUAGGUUAUUCUACUUGAUUUAGGUCAUGUGCUAGGAAUCUCCAUUGGUUCUCUGCUUUUUUUAAUUCAAGAGGUAUGAAGGUGUCAAUGAUCAGUUCAUAAUUUAGAUAAGACUGCUGUGCCCCCAGGAGGAGAACCACCGCUUUAGCUACUGCUGUGUAUCUGUGAUGUACUGUU